AUGGUGACAUGUAUUGUAAUAUCCUGCAUCAGAGUGGAAUUUUUGCCGCAUGAUCCCAAUCCCAAUGGUCCGGAUGGGAUGAUCAACUCUGAAGACGAAGAGAAGAUAAAGCUGUUUCAAGAACGGAUUAAAAUAGGAAAUUUUAAUUCUCAAGCACGACGGGGACGAAACCCUCUGGAAGAGGAAACGUACAAAACCCUCCUCGAAAGGAAAGAGGCGGUGGAGCAAUGGGAUGACAACACCAGCUACUUGGAGAUGAUAAGAAUGGUGCAGCUACCCAGCAGCUUAGAAAAUGGACCAAUGGAAGGUGCCAUUGUCAUGGAAGGAUAUGGAUUGGUCCAAGCUGCUGGAGGAAUGUCUUCACGCCAUUGGUUGCAUAGAGGAGAGGUGUCACAUCCUGAAGCAAGGAGAUGCCACCACCAGCUUCCCUCCAAGCCUAUAAAUAGGACCCUUGGCCUCAUUUCCAAACCACACCAAAAUCAGAAAGAAAGAGAGAGAAAGUAG